UCGUAAUACUACAAAAAUGGUCAGAGGAAGAGCCUCCUGAUGUUUCAACAUGAUAUAAAGAAGUCUAUUUUGCCACUGGAGAGACUAUCAUGUAUUAAGAGGCACUCUUGAUGAGUUUGUAAGGGACUGGUCCGCACAACCGGACUCCCCGACCUCCAAUGAAAAGCAAAGAAAAAAAUGAAAAAAUUAUGGCAUAAUUCACGUUCGCGUUUCUCUCCGCACUUCCUUUUUCUCGCGCGUCUCCGCGUACGCGUCCGCACAACAACGGUGGCUUAUAAGUAUACAACUCUACUACCUCUUUACAAAAAAGAGUUAUCGGGCUUUUAGUAGUCAUAUUAAGCAUGCAGCGUUGAGUUGUGGUGUUAUUUUCUAUAUAUCUACAGUGUGACUGAAGUCAUACAUAUAGGCUUGGCACAAAUGUAGUCUAAUUCAAGUAGUCUCUGGGUGACCCCUGGUUGUCUUACUCCUUGUGUAGAUUAGAUGAAUGAAUGAAUGAACUGGGCUUCACUUCAGUUGACAUGCGCGUCAUUGGCGCCCCUGACGGUGGGAAGAGAAUCUCAUCGGAGCGCAACAGUUAGACACACGGUUAGUGUCGGUGUCGGUGCGGGUAACCUGUUCAGCAUGAGUCACCGACACUACGUGUUCAGCUUCCUCCCCGUCGCGCUUGUCCAGCUGUGUCUGCUGCUGCUGCUGCCGCCGCAUGGUCCGGGUUCCAUCGCGGAGCGCGCGGUAGCGGCGGAAUACUCCUCCAAAACCGACUUGGACUACGAAUUCGGGGACUACCGGGGGAAGUGGUGCAUUGACGACCACGGCUUUGUCUACGGCAUAGGAGAAGUUUAUUUCCCGAGCCCUACGGCAUGUCCGUGCACGUGCACCGUAGACGGCCCCGUGUGCGUCCGACCAAAGUGUCCGCGUAUCCACCCCAGGUGCACGCGGAUCCGAUAUAAGGCAUGCUGUCCGGUAUGCGAGGCUAUGGCCAGAGUCUGUGUCUACGGGGGCAAAACCUAUCGGCUCUUAGAGGAAUUCAGGUUGUCAAGGUGUGAGCGAUGUCGCUGUGAGGCCAACAGAGAGGUGUACUGCAGCAUUUCAGACUGCCCUGCCCCUCACUGCGUAAACCCCACCUAUGAACCCAACCAUUGCUGUCCCAUCUGUAACACUGGUCCCAACUGCUUUGCUGGGAGCCGGGUGAUCCCAGCAGGUGAGCGUGUGAACAUUGACGAGCAAACAGUUUGUUAUUGCACCUACCAGGAUGGGACGUGGCACACCCACCCCCAUGCCACCUGUGAGCAGCACCCCCAUCCCAGCCUGACACCUGAUGUCCGCACUGAGCCCCCCAGGGAUGAAGACACCAGAGGGAAAGGGGGGAGAACAUUUAUUCCCAGACUGGAUGUGAUACCAUGAAGUGGAGUGUUAAUAAAAUGUGUCAUAUAGCUGCCCUACAGGUACAGAUAAACCUGCACACAAAACCUCCACAUUACAUUAUUUUAGAACAGUUCUGCCGCUAAUGUCAAGAGUCCACCAGAUACAGCUGCAUUGCUUUCUGGUUGUACCUCGCCUCAGUCAUGGCUCUGUUGUGGUUGUGGCCAAAAUGUCCCAUGUGUGUAAGGGUGUACUGUGUAAAGUCAAAGGGUGACAUUCAGCAGACUAAGUGGGCUGUGUGUCCCACUCCUUGCCAGAUAUUGGCUGUGCUAUUUUGUUGUUUGCAAAGUCAAAAGAAGACAAAAGGUUUUUUAGGUAAGGAGAACCAAAGUGAAACCAGAACGUCUGGGUUCUGUUCCAGGAAUAAAAAACUUAAUUCAAAAUCCCACUGACAUUUGUAACUAUGCUAAUAACUAAAUAUAUGCUUAGAUAAGUACAGAGUUUUUAAAAAUAUUGUUGCUAAUUUAUAGUUUAUGUUUUCAACAACCUUUAACAAAACACAAUUUUCAAUAAGCCCUAGACCUUUGCAGGAUAAAUGUUACAGCUCAACAGAAGAGCGUUCAUUAGUGAACUGGGUGGUCAGAGUUAGCUCCGAGUUAGCUCAGACAUGUCUGAGUUACAGUACUUGCCCAACUGCACUUGUAGUUUUUUCUGUGCAAUUACUGACUUUGUUAAAAAUCAUAGGGGUUUCAUUUUCUUAUAGCAACUACUGUAGUUGAUGUUGUUUACAGAAGUAAGUAGAACGAGGGCUAGCCUUGAUGCGACUUUUAGGCAUCAGCAGUGUGUUGAGACCAAGUCAAUUACAACUGAAAUACAUAAUCAAAUAUUAAUUCUAAGUCAACGGCCAGCAAUUACAGGCAUUUACAUACAUUCACAAGUGAGUUUCAUGCUCCAGAUGUGAGCUGCUCCAGCAAAUACAAAGCAGGUACUUAAAGAUAGUGAAGCGGGUAUGUAAUAAGUACAUCUGGUCGACAUUGUUACAUCAGCUAAUGGCUGGUCUCCAGAAAUGCAGGAGGCAGAAUGCACUGCAGUGGGAUCUGGUGGACAGAGGCCUUCAGAAAUGCUUUAGAAGAACUGUUUUCAAGGCCUAAAGUACAUUUUUCUGCAAGGAUAUUUAUGUCAUAUAUUUAUAACUUUCUUUUUUUCAUGUCUACACACACUAUAAGACAUGAUAACUCAUGGAAAAUUUGAAAAUUGAUGUGGUACAAGAUGGACUGUUGCUGACAGCAGUCACUGUAAACAAUCAGUAUCAGAAAACAAAUUUUGAUUACUAAAUGUUUAUGUCUAUUAAGUAAAAAUGCCAAAAUCUCCUUCUUUGUCCUGAUUUAUAUUGUGCAGUGUUUGGGUAGACAAAACAAGAUGUCACUUUGGGCUCUAGAGGCUUGUGAUGGACAUUUUUCAUUUUUUUUCUGACAUCUUAUACUUGUUAAUCAAUUUAAAAAAUAAGCAUUAAUUACAGCUAUAAGUUGCAUGAAAAAGAAUAAACUGAAAACAAAUGAGUAUAAAAGACGGUAAAAAGCCACCAGCUGAUGCUGAUGUACUGCUGUUAAGGGAACUGUCAUUUGGGAAGGUAUGAGAGAUGAAUGUAUGGUGGUGGCCUGGUGUCUCUCCAUGGCCCUGCUGCCUUCCAUCUGUAGGCAAUGAGGCCAGAGAUGUCCAAGUAGACAAGACACACACAGUGCUGAGAAUUAGAGAGAGAAUGAGUAUAAAAACAGAUGAUUUACACUUUACCUGGAGUAGCAGAUGUUCUUUACUAUAUGUAUGUAAUCUGAGAGUGCAUGCCAGUUAAGUGUUCCAUAAUGCUCACUGCUGUUGUAGAUGUCAGUCAUAUUCUUGUUAUGACUUGGGCAAAAUUAAUAACAUGGUGUUUUUUCUUGACCCAUACUCCUGUGUUCACAGAUGAUUUGGCAUCUUUUGAACUACUCAUUAUUCUUCUGAAACCUCAUAUCAAAGUGCUAACUGCCAGAGCUUGUGUCGCUGAUCAAUGAUUUAAACUGUUCAAACGUCAUCUCCCUGCAUUUUUGGUCAUAUCUUUGUGUUCAGUAUUCAAAUGCUCUACAGGUCAGUAUUAAAUGGUACUCAGGUUUAAAGGUCUGAAUGGUCUCACAGUCAUCCCCCCUCUACAAGUCUAUUCAGACCUGUACAGAAACUGGUGAAGGUACCUGUUCAGUACACCCUCUACUGGUAGGUCUAAAAAAGUUUAUCAAAUUGAACUAAUUCAAAACCCAACAAGUUAUGUGCAAAAGUAAUUUGUUCAAAUUGCCAUUAAUUAUUGGAGCCUCAAAUUCUCCCCAAAACAGUAUCACAUCCAUCUACAACAGAAGCUUGUUUCGACUACAUUCUCUUAAAAAUACUUUUGUGUACAUAAAUGAAAGCACUAAGAUAUGGGGCUUGAUUAACAACAGUUUUUAUUGAAAAUUGUCAGAGGUGCAGGGUCCAGCUCAGGCAAUGCUGCCAGCGUUUGAGGCAAUCCUGGGCCACAGAUCAGCACACUCUUUGGCCACUGGGCCUGUGAUGGCUGAACCU